AUGGCCGGUUCCAGCAACCGCGAUCCCUCUCCGUUCGGAGGGCCAGAGGACGAUGAUUCUACGAUAAUAUCAACUCGGGGGAUGGAAGCGUUUGGGCGGAAAGUUACAACAACGGCAGGCCACCUAAUGGCGCCUAUGGUAGAUCCCACCUCCAGUACACAUUAUCAGAAUGCAAUGAGCGAUCUGCAUAAACAGCUGCGAAGGCCAAACCUCCAGAGAAGCGUAUUCUCCUUCGCGAAAACAAGCCCGACAGACUUGGUUCGAUCCACAUUGUCGACAUCGGAGAUACAAUACCGCGCCCUAACCUACCUACCUGACGAGCUGCUGAAGAACAUCCCGGAGAAUGAAAAUGUAUACUCGUUGUUUCAGGGCUUCCAAGCUACGUUACCGGAAAGCAGCCCGGAAAGCAAACGACAUCGAAGGCGAGUAUCGAGGGGUAGGAAGUUGCUUGAGGAAGACAAGUCAGAGCCUGAUUCGAACCUGCCCAUCCACAAGCUCAAGAAGGAGAAGCAUACCUUGAACCACCAACUGGAAAUGAUGAGUAUCCGUAAAAAUAUGGCAAGCAGCGAGAUUCGUGAGAUCGACAAUAAAAUCUCCAAUCUCAACAACACCCGGAGGAUCGUGCUAGACCGGUUGGCGGGUUUAGAACAGGAAGAAGCUUUGCUAGAGCAUGACAGUUGGCUUGAAGAAGCCCAGGAACUGUUCGACGAUGCCGCGGCGCUGAAGGCUGAGGUUGACGUUGAGUUGGAAAAAACGGACGAUCACGCAAUGGAUGCUUCAUUUAUGUCGGAAUCGAUAUAUGAAAAGCUUCCUUCGCCAGGUAGCACACCCACCAAAUCGAAACGACAUAAGACUAUUCGCCGAAAAUCGAUGCCAAUUUUGCACGAGCAUUUCGAGCCGGGAUCCACGAUUCGAGAAAUACGAGCUCAUAAUGACAUGAUCACCGCCCUGGAUUUUGAUGUUCCAUUUGGAACGAUGGUUACAUCCGCAUUAGAUGACAGUGUUCGAGUCUGGGACCUGAGCGCUGGACGAUGCAUGGGUCUCCUUGAAGGGCACACCGCAUCGGUACGGACGUUGCAAGUAGAAGACAAUAUCGUUGCAACAGGUUCAAUGGACGCGACGAUUCGAUUAUGGGAUCUCAGUAAAGCCCAUUAUGAGCCUCCUGAUAACCGCAUUAAUAAGGGCGGAGAUGAAGAGGAUCCCUUAGCUUUUGGGGACGUAGAAGAGGAGCUAUUUGAUCCCCCGGUGGGAACAAUGAGAGAUUGUCCGGUAUUCACAUUAGAAGCUCAUGUCGACGAAGUUACAGCUUUACAUUUUAAAGGCGACACCUUGAUUUCUGGCUCAGCAGACAAGACAUUGCGACAGUGGGAUCUGGAGACGGGUAGAUGCGUGCAAACUUUGGAUGUCAUGUGGGCAGCAGCUCAGGCUUCGGCAACUAUGGGUUCCAGCGAAGGUACAUGGCGGCAAACUGGAAAAGUCGCAGAUGCAUCUGCGGAUUUCGUUGGCGCCGUACAAGUCUUCGAUGCUGCCUUGGCUUGCGGUACAGCUGAUGGCAUGGUCCGGCUGUGGGAUUUGAGGAGUGGCCAAGUUCAUCGAAGUCUAGUUGGACAUACCGGUCCUGUGACAUGUCUCCAGUUCGACGAUGUACACCUGGUCACUGGCAGUUUAGAUCGGAGUAUUCGGAUUUGGGAUCUCCGAACAGGAGCAAUCCACGAUGCAUAUGCAUACGAUGCUCCCAUAACGAGCAUGAUGUUUGAUACUCGCCGCAUUGUCUCCGCCGCCGGAGAAGACGUGGCGAAAGUGUACGAUAAGACGGAUGGCCGGCAUUGGGAUUGUGGAGCGGGCGUCACGGCUGCGGAGGAAGGGAAAACCCCAGCCAUUGUUGAUAAAGUUAGGAUUAAGGAUGGCUAUCUAGUUGAGGGCUAUCGGGAUGGAGUUGUUGGGAUUUGGACUUGUUAA